CUCUUGUGGUCCUCUCUCUCUGUCUCUCUGUCUCUGUCUCUCUCUCUCUCUCUCAUGAUAUGGCGUGAAUUUUGGGGGAUUUAUGGGUUUGGUGCCAAUCAGAAGAGCUGUUCGAGCAUUGUGCUUCAAGUAAUUCUGGAUGAAGGCUGUAUUCAAGCACGUUAGUUGCAAAUUGAACCGCUUCGUAUGAAGUCUUUAUACUCUCUCCAGUCCUUUUCACGUAUCGAAUAAAGUUCCAUUUUUGGAGACUUUUGAGAUUUAAGAAUUCGUCGAUCGCGAAGCUCAAGCUGUUGGGGAGUGCAUUCUAAGCGAAGCUUGGAAUUCUUAGGAAAGAAAUCACACUUUUUCGGUUGAAACAGUUUGAGCUUUGAUCCUUUUCCUCUUCUGGGUAUCGCCCGGAUUGCUGUUGAAGUUCUGAAUUUGCCCAGAGAGUGAUUUGGGUGAUAAGAAUUGCUGGCAUGGUAGUUAGAGUCUGAAAUCUGCCUGCUGCGGCAGAGUCCGCGAUGGACCGCCGGUCUUGGCUUUGGCGAAGGAAGUCAUCGGAGAAGAGUCCUGGAGAAACAGAGAGCUCGGGUUCGUUGUCCUCUCAUUCUGGACGGUUUUCCGAUGAACAGGCAUAUCCAGCGCAUAGCAGUCAAUCUCAAGAAGUCACAUCUAAAGUUGCAGUUGCGGAUGAGGAAGCAGGUGAGGGUAUGAGGACUCUAUCAGAGAAAUUAUCUGCUGCGCUUCUGAAUGUUAGCGCCAAGGAAGAAUUAGUGAAGCAGCAUGCUAAAGUCGCAGAAGAAGCUGUAUCAGGAUGGGAGAUGGCUGAAAAUGAAGUCUUGGUGCUGAAGAAACAACUGGAGGCUGCGACACAAAAGAACUCGACGCUGGAAGAUCGAAUCAGUCAUCUUGAUGGAGCGCUUAAGGAAUGUCUGCGGCAGCUCAGACAGGUGAGGGAAGAGCAAGAGCAGAAGAUCCAAGAAGCUGUGAUCAAGAAAACUCAUGAGUGGGAAUCAACAAAGGCCGAGCUUGAGACUGAGCUUUCAGACGUCCAUGCCCAGCUUCAAGCUGCCAAGAGUGAAGUUUCUUCAGUUAUAAGUUCUGAUCUUGGCCCUAAGCUUGAUGCUGCUGAAAAAGAGAAUGUGGCCCUCAAAGCCAAAGUCCUUUCCCUGUCUGAGGAGCUAGAAAUUAGGAUUAUUGAGCGAGAUUUGAGCACCCAAGCAGCAGAAACAGCCAGCAAACAGCAUUUAGAGAGCAUAAAGAAGGUAGCUAGGAUUGAAGCCGAAUGCCGCAGACUCAGAGCCAUGUCUCGGAAGGCAACUGCGAUGAACGAUCUUAAGUCUUUCUCUGCAUCGUCGGUUUGUGUAGAGUCCUUCACCGAUAGCCAAUCAGAUGUAGGGGAUAGACUGCUAGCAGUUGACAAUGAUGUGCAGAAAGCGAGUUGCUUGGAGCCAAAAGAUUGUGAGCCAUGCCACACCGAGUCAUGGGCAUCUGCUCUAAUAACUGAGCUCGACCAUUUUAAGAAAGACAAAUCUUUUGGAAAGAAUCUCAUGGUAUCUUCAGGAGAACUUGAUUUAAUGGAUGAUUUUCUGGAAAUGGAAAGGCUUGCAGCUUUACCAGAUGGAGAAAGUGGAAGCUGCGGCCAAGGAGUGGAGCCCGCUCUGGAUCAAAACAAAGCUGAUGAAAUCCCUCUCAAAUCCGAGCUUGAAGCCAUGAUCAAUAGAACGGCAGAGCUGGAGGAGGAAUUAGAGAAGAAGGAAGCAGAAAUGGAGAAGCUAGAGAUGGCUCUAAAUCAAUGUCAAAAGCAACUUGAAACGUCAUGGAGUCAGCUCAACGAGGUUGAGAUGAGAUUGGCAGAACUCAACAUCAUGUUGUCUGCAGCACAAAAAUCGAAGCAAGCUGCAGAAGAGGAAGCAAGGAUUACCCUUGAGAGGAUGGAAGUGACAGAGUCAAGACUGAUGAAUGUUGAAGAGGAGAUGAAAAACUUGCUCCUUAACGUGAAAUUAUUACAAGAAGAGGUCGAAAGAGAGCGUGCAUUGUCUGGUGAAAAUGAGGCAAGAUGUCGGAAGCUGGAGGAUGAAAAUCUAAAGAUGAAAAGGGAUGCUGAACUGCAGCAUGAGACCGAGCUCCAGCAUGUGUCUGUCUCUGGUGAGGAGCUAAAAGUAAAGCAGGUUAGUUCUCUAUGGCUUGUGGAAGUUGGUCUAUGUCUAAUCGAAGGCGUGAUAACAUGAAUAAAUUAUCGAGAUGGUAUUGCUUUCCACAUAAUUUAUCGAGUUUGUCAACAAACCUGCUACUCGUUUUGAGUAGCGACGUUACAGUUGCAUGUAGGGUGAGUUCCAUCUACAUGAGAAAAGAGAGAUUACAUGCACAUCCUGUGUCUGGACAUCUGGUUUCAGUGCAUUCUUUUGAGAUAUUACUUCAUUCUCCGAUGUGAAUGCUUAUUUAUUUAUAGCCAUUCUCAAGGAAGACGACAGGAUCUAUUCUCCGGUAACGCAACAUGGUUUUGAUUUUGAUAUUGACGUCACAUAGCUAUGUUAGAAACAGGAGCUGCUGCUUCAGCAUCUUAUACUUUACUAGUACAAACUGUAUGAUUGGGGCACACUCAAAACAAAUUGCAAGUUUCACUAUAGAAUCGAAGACAUUCAGAGGUUAAUAUAGAAUUUCAAAUCACUCCUAAAAAUCAGAGUUUUUUUAAAAUAACUAGAUCU